AUGGCGACUCAAACGAUAAAGCGGAAGCCAUUGUUCGUGAAGGCCGGUGAGCUGAAACCAGGAACAAGUGGACACACUCUGACAGUGAAGGUGGUUAGUUCUUCAUCGGUGAAGACUGUCUCCAGCCGUGGUGGUCGAUCGUCAGUGAUUGCUUCUCGAUCAGGAUUUCUCUGGCCCUUUUUGUAUGAAACAUGGAAAAUUAAUCGCCGACUUAUUAACACAGUAAAGACAAAUGACAAAGAUGUUGAUCCCACUGUAGUUGUUGUUGCUGCCGUUGAAGGGAGAGAAGGAACCAGGAGUGGAGUGCUUACGGUGCUGGAGUGCCACUUGUACUUAAUUAAUGACAAAGAUAGUGUUGUUCAAUAUUAUGUUCCUUAUCUUUCCGGGAUUCAAAUUUAUGCCCAUACUGUCAAGCCACCUGUGAAGUCAAGGCAACUAGGUGAUGACAGUGACAGUGAUUUCAGGGACUCAAGUAGUGAUGGUAGCAGUGAUUGUGAACCUGCUAGAGGAUAUAGGGAACAAAGGAAUCUUCCCCAUCUCUCGGAUGACUUAUCUAAUUGGAUGGGUAGAUUAUCUGUGAGAAAUCAGCAUACUCUCCUGCAAGAUGGCUUUUCUAGUGAUGAUGGUGAAUCUAUCAAUUCUCAGGGCUACUUGCUAUUCGAGUAUUUUGAACGGGACACUCCUUAUGGUCGUGAACCUUUGGCUGAUAAGAUGAUGGACCUUGCUUUUCGUUUCCCUCAACUGCUGACACUUAGAAGUUGUGAUAUACUAUCAUCAAGUUGGAUAUCUGUAGCAUGGUAUCCUAUAUAUAGAAUCCCAAUGGGUCAAACAUUAAAAGAUCUCGAUGCGUGCUUUCUGACAUACCAUUCUCUUUCUACACCUCUGGGAGGUUUACAAAGAGUGCAGCCUCCUGUACCAUCACAUCCAACCAAGAUGGAUGGUGUCCUAAAAAUAUCUUUACCUGUUUUUGGUCUUGCCUCAUACAAGUUCAGGGGACCCCUGUGGACUCCAAGUGGUGGAUACGAGCGCCAAUUAUCCAACUCUCUUUUACAGAAUGCUGAUAAAUGGUUACGACUGCUUCAGGUCAGUCACCCAGAUUUCCUGUUUUUCAGCCGUUGA